CGCCGUCUCCCUCCUCCAAACUCCCCCACCUACCCCUCCCCAUCGCCACACCACUCUCAUAAAUCCCGAGCCCCACGCAAAUCUCCCCUCGCCAGCCGCGAGCCCACACGAGAGGAAGGUUGCGUCCCGAUGGAGUUCCUGCAGGGGCAGAGCGUGGAGACCACGGUGGCCGUCGCCGUCGCUGUCGUUGCCGUGGCCGCCGGCGCCGGAUUCAUCCUCCUCCGCAGCAAGAAACCCAAGGGCUGCUUGGAUGCUGAGAACUUCAAGGAGUUUAAGCUUGUGCAGAAGAAUCAGAUCAGUCAUAACGUGGCCAAGUUCAAAUUUGCUCUCCCGACACCUACUUCUGUGCUGGGCCUUCCAAUUGGCCAGCACAUAAGCUGCAGGUUUGGGCACAUCCUGGUUUCUUUCCUGAUUAUCGUGAAAACGCAAAGUUUCGAUGCAUUGAUAGAAAAGAGAGCUUUAGGCCGUUUCAAGUACCAACCUGGACAAGUGCGGGCAUUUGGUAUGAUAGCUGGAGGAUCAGGAAUUACCCCAAUGUUCCAAGUCACAAGGGCAAUUCUUGAGAACCCAAAUGACAGUACGAAAGUCCACUUGAUCUACGCUAAUGUCACGUAUGAUGACAUUCUUCUGCAGGAAGAACUCGACACUCUGGCUAAGAACUAUCCUGAUCGCUUCAAGAUCUACUAUGUCUUGAAUCAGCCACCUACAGUCUGGGAUGGUGGUGUUGGGUUUGUGUCAAAGGACAUGAUCCAGAGUCACUGUCCAGCGCCUGCUGCAGACAUUCAGAUAUUGAGAUGUGGACCUCCUCCGAUGAACAAAGCCAUGGCUGCUCACCUAGACGACAUUGGCUACACCAAGGAAAUGCAGUUCCAGUUCUAGGUUCCGACGGGUGGGAAACCUACCAAAAUAACGAUUGCCGCAUGGCCUUUCUCAUUCAAUUCAGUUUGACAUGGGCCGAUUGGUGCCAUUUAGCUCAUACAGACGAACUCCCAUAGUCGAUACAGCGCCGUUGUCUCCGGAUGUCAUCCAAUUUCAGGCGUGAAGCAGCUGCUUCUUGUGUGAGGAAUGUUUCUUCAUGUUGUACGUUGCUUUCCGCUUUGCAAUAAAGAAAAGAUUGACAGAUGA